AGCCUGAUAUCCGUAUUCUGCUCAUUGGCGACAGAGGAAAGGCAUCUUUGAACACAUGGUUCCUCCUUCACUUCUCACAGAGAUGAGAGGAGCAGCUAUGAGUUUAACUGCAGCAGCGAGUGGAUUAGUUGUCUUCCUGCUCUCUGUGUCAGCGGCUCAGGGUCAGAAUGACUGGGGAGUGACUUACUCUUCUACUGAGAUCUGUGCAGUGAAAGGAUCAACAGUGGAGAUAAGAUGCAGCUUCACAUACCCAUCUCCAUGGAGAGGCAGUGUUAUCACAGUGGAGAAAACAUGCUGGUUCACUGAACAGAAAGGUGGUGAACCUGUAGAUCUGACCACAGUCUCAGAGUAUGCAGGUCGUGUAGAGGAUCUCUGUGAAAACAACACCUGCACUCUGAGAAUCAGAAACCUGAGAGAGAGCGACUCAACUGAGUACUGGUUCAGGAUCAUAGCAAACCAACCAGAUGGACAAUUUGGUGAUUCGACUGGCGUCACUUUGUCCGUCACAAAUCUCCAGGUCACAUCAGAAUCAUACUGGCUGUUUUGUCGGAUCAGUUAUCCUCCAUCUUGUUAUCCUUCCUACAUCUGGUACAAGAAUGGACAAAAAAUUCAGGGAGAAGCAUCUGAUUAUACAAAGAAAACACACAAGGCAGACAGUUAUUCCUGUGCUUUGAAGGGAUAUGAGGAUUUCCCCUCCCCUCCAGUAUGUGUCAGAGGUCAAAACUGCAACAGAGUGACUUACACUGAGAGAAGUAUCUGCACCUUCAAAGGAUCAUCAGUGGACAUUUCCUGCUCGUACAGCAGUUUUGAAAAUGUAAAAUCUAAAUUCUGGUUCAGACCUGAGCGUAUUCAUCAGGGACAGAAUCCCUCUCAACCUGAGGACCUUAGUGAAGACCCCCAGUAUGCAGGUCGUGUUCAGAUCCUUGAAACAGAGAGAGGACGCUCCACUCUGAGGAUCUCUGACCUGAGAGACUCAGAUUCAGCUCAGUAUCUCUUCAAAUUCAAAACAUCAAGCUUUGAAUGGGGGAGUGAUUUACCUGGAACAACUCUGACUGUCACAGCUCUCCAGGUGCAGGUGAUCAGAGCAAAGGUCUACAACUAUUCUACUGAGGCAGAGCUGAAGUGUCACAGCAGCUGCAGUCCAGCUGGUUCUCUGAACUACGUCUGGUUCAAGAACGGAAAGAAAAUCAAAGCAACGGUGAUAUCUUCUUAUAAAGGCUUGUUUCAGCCCAGAGACAACAUCUCUUGUGCUUUGGAAGGACAUGAAGACUUCCCCUCUCCUCCAGUGUAUGCUCCAAAGCCUCCCUCUGUGUCAGUGAGUCCCUCUGCUGAGAUAGAGGAGGGCAGUUCAGUGACUCUGACCUGUAGCAGUGAUGCUAACCCAGCAGCUAACUACAUCUGGUACAAGGAGAAUGAAGACUCUCCAAAAGCUUCAGGACAGAUCUUCACCAUCACUGACUUCAGAGCUGAACACAGUGGGAGUUAUUCCUGUGGAGCCCAGAACAAGUUAGGACGUAGUAACUCCACCUUACAUCUGACUGUUGUGGCAGGAUCAUGGAAGCUACCAGCUGCUGUAACAAUCCCUGUUGUUCUCCUGGCUGUCAUUUCUCUCUCUGUCUUCCUGUGGAUCAGAAGAAAGAGGGCUUCCAGAGACUCGUCUGAGCCUGAAGAGAGAGCGGACAACAGGGAAGAGUGUGUACCUGAUCAGCCGGAGCAGCAGGAGGACCUUCAGUAUGCCAGCGUUCACUUCUCCAACAACCGGGCAGACCCUCUUUACUCCAACAUGAGAGCAGCUCGGCCCCUCAGACACACGGAGCAACAGGAAGUCUCGGAGUACGCUGCCAUCAAGUUCAGCAGUGCUGGCCCGAGGACCAGAGGUCAGGACCCUGAAGAGGAUCCCGCUGCAUUGUACAGCACGGUCAACAAAUCCAGAUAAACACAGCAGGCGAUGCAUUUGAAGGAUGAUACUUCAGUUUUUUUACAAUUACAUUUCUAUUUACACAGGGUAAUGUGGAUUUUUUAAAUACAUUUCUCAGGGUGGACCUCUCGAAGAAUGAGGCAAUGAGUUUGGGUUUUCAGCCUAGUUUUUAUUAAUCUGAAUGGCUCAAAUGUAAAGAUUUUGUUAAGUAUUUGAUUUUUAUAGAUUUAAAAAAAAAAAAUAGAUAUAGGAUGUGCUUCACCAAGAUUAUACAUUCAACAGUCUUUAUCUUAUUUUAUGUUUUACUUGGAGUGGGUCACCAGUAUUGAACAUUGAAUAUACAGUCUUUUCUAUUUACAUGAGUGUUUUAAACACAUAUUAUAGUAUCAGUAUAUUUCUAAUUAUGCAUAGCUAUUUUCUUUCAGAUAAAGAAUACAAAAAUAAAACUCACUGCAGUACUCCAAAGUACCCCUAGGGGCAGGCAGUUCACGACUUAAUACAUUGAAUUGUAAAUAUGAAAAAGUAACUUCAGCCACAACAAGGGCUGUGGUCCAACUGGCUUCCCACUGCCAGCUGUCUUUGUUGGAAAGCUGUAGAUAUGAAAUUAGUUAUAAAAGACAUUAGUUAUACUUUACUGUUGAGAAUUUUCAUUGUUUUUAAAGUACAUUUCUCUCCUUUUUCAUACAAUAUAUCUUCAUCAUGUUCUUCUUCUUGUCCUGACUGAAAUAUCCUAACAAGAAUUUGAUAUAUUAUCAUCAUAAAAUGGUGUUCAUAUACAUUCAUCAUUUUACAGAUGUAUUUUGAGUGUCUUCUUGUUGUGACUUGCAACUUUUGGAUGGACUGUCUUUACAUUUGGUUCAAAUAGUGGCGCUCCAAUGAUAACUCUUUAUUAUUUGAAGGAUGACCUUUCGUUUGACUACUAUUGGAUUGAGUGACAUGCAUCUCCCACAGGAUAACAUUAUAUUGUUCAACCUGAAUGUUAAUAUAUGCAUUAAGUUUUUUUAAUCUAUUUUAAUAUUCAAAUUAAUAUUCAUGAAUUAAGUACAAAUAUACAUGUUUGCUAUUGAAAAGCACAUUGGGAUAUUACAGAUAUAAGUUAGCUGAUGUAGCUGCAGUUUCACACUGCUGCCACUAGGGUUUAGUAAAGAGACGUAUUUCAUUCAUCGCAAACUAUUUCCAAGAGCUUGUCAACUAUAAUUCUCUUUUGUGUUUUUACCGACUUUGUUUUGUAUAUCAUUUGUUUUCCUUUUUCAUGUUCUGUUUUGUAUUGAUUUACUUUAA